UAGUAUUUAAAAUAAAAAAAAAGGUUCAUUGAAUGCAAGUGAUUCACGUUGGAUGACGCGAAUCCACGAAAUGUUUGAGAGCCGACAGUAAAAUAAACAAAAUGCUCUAUUUACAUUAUCGCGGCACUAAAUCCAAUCCACGGGUUUUGAUAGCCUAUUGAACUUUUUCCCCUCCGACACAAUGAGGUUUCAGUCCGUUCCACGUCCAUGGACGUUUUAAUCGUGUGCCGACUGCUCUGCAUCACAUUAUUGUAAUAAGUUAACAGCAACUGUCGUUUUCCAGUGCUCUCCGACGACGACUGCGGAACGAAGCGCCAAUUGGAUAGAAUUGGAUCGAAUCGGAUCAGAUCGGUUUGGAUUGGAUUGCUUUUGUUUUGGAUAGAUGUGGUGCGUGGUUCCUCCAUCAAGCGAACGACCACGCGAACACCAGCAGAUUGAUACAAACAGAUUAUGAUGGAUGCACGACGAUCCGCUAUGUCUAGGAUAAUUUCCGUUUGGUGCCUGUCGAUGGUGACGUUGGUGUUGGCUGCGGCCGGUGACGAUGGACAGCAGUUGAACGACUGCUCGUUUUCGAUGAAGAAGCAGAUCCUGACCUGCGAGAGGAUCGCCCUCAAGGACUCGAAUAUCGGCAACACCAUAGGGACGGCAACGCAAAUGCUAGUGAUCAGACGCAGCGCCAAUCUGACGAUUACCCCGGGCUUCCAUUCGCCUCCUUUCCGUCUACUCACCAGUUACCACCUCACCGAGUGUCCAGAUCUGCAGGUCAGCCCGUUCAGCUUCCAGCAGCUGCCCAACCUCAAGUACAUCAAGAUCAUCGACAACACGUACACGACGGUCGCCUCGAAUACCUUCUACGGCCUGGUGAACUUGGAGGUGCUCAGUCUCAACAAUAACAGCAUCAACACGAUUGAGACGGACGCUUUCAACGGGCUCUCUAGCCUGGAAACCUUGGAACUGACGCACAACAACUUUAAGACUGUAUCCGCCCACGUCUUCGCCAGUCUGCACAACUUGCGCUCGCUCUUCCUCUACCACAACAACAUCGAGGUGCUCGAGGACGACUGCCUCUUUGGACUCAGCAACCUCAACGUCCUGGACCUCACCUACAAUAGGAUAACGAGGAUCAAGACGGCAGUCUUCGACGCGGCACCAGUGCUCACGCAACUCUAUCUCUCCUUUAAUCAGAUCGAGACCGUCGAAGGCGACUUUACCUCCGAGAAACUGGAAUUUCUCUACCUGCAGAACAACAAGUUGCGCAACGUUACAGACACACUCUUCAAUUCCUUGGUGAACCUCGUCGACGUCGACCUCUCUCGCAACAAAAUCACCUCCUUCGCCCCGGACGCCUUCAUUAACCUCACCAGACUCAACAACCUCAACUACAAGGAUAACAACCUCGAACGUCCUGUCCAUCUUCAGUUUGCCGACAAACCACCGCUGAUAACCUCUUAGUUUUUGCUCCACCAUCUCCUACCCCUAAUUAUUUAUUAAUUCUUUA